CUCGUUCGCGCUUUCUCGGUCGCGCGCUCCCCCUCCAUUUCCGGUGAGUGUCGGCGGUGUAAAAUGGCGCCGAGUUUGAAUCUUCUCACCUGUCUUCAUGUCCUCCACCUGUCCUCCACCUGUCCUCCACCUCUCCUCCUCAUGUCCUCCUGUCUUCAGGCUCAGGUAAGACAGUUCCGGUUCAUGUUUGUCUGAAAACUUUAAUUUAAUUCGGACUUUUUCUGAGUUUUUGGGAGGAAGGAGACCGCCGAGACGAACCCUGCGACUCUCCGCCAUCUUGUCCGGAUAUUCGUUCGUGUUUUUUAUAACCGAGCUGCUGUCCGUGUCUGUGACUGUGUCCGUGUCUGUGACCGUGACUGUGUCCGUGACCGUGUCUGUGUCCGUGACUGUGUCUGUCUUUGACCGUGUCCGUGACUGUUUCUGUGUCUGUGACUGUUUCUGUGUCUGUGACUGUGUCCGUGUCUGUGACUGUGUCUGUCUUUGACCGUGUCCGUGACUGUUUCUGUGUCCGUGACUGUUUCUGUGUCUGUGACUGUGUCCGUGUCCGUGACUGUUUCUGUGUCUGUGUCCGUGUCUGUGACCGUGUCCGUGUUACAGCCGCUUCAGUUUGUCCUCCAGGACGAGUUAAACCUGUUUUUGUGUUUGUGAAAGUUGAACCUCUCCUUCAGCGGCUAAUUAAAAAGGGGGCGUGUCUGUCAGGUGUGCGGGUGUCCUCGAGGACACAGGUGUGCAUGUUUUUAGACACCGGAAGUGUCCUUCAGAAUAAAACACGGUGAGAUGAAGUGUGGUGACUGUGGAGACGUGAAGAACAAACAAACACAAUCACUCGCCUGUGGGGGCGCUAUUUUUAUACGAUAGUAGGGGAAGGUCCCGCCUCCUUCGCCUCUGAUUGGAUAGAAGUUCUGGGCUCCCAUUCUGUCGGGUUAGGAGAUUCAGAGUUGGGAUAAUGUACGGAGGCUAAGAAGCGCCACUGCUGCAAAUAAAAAAGAAAAGGAAAAAAAAACCAACAAUGGAAGUUCCUGGUGAAAAAAAAGAACUGAAGAUAAAAAAACAAGUGGUGAUGAAAAAGAAAACUUACUGUAAAAAUAAAAGGAUGCAAAUAAAAAAAGCCAAAAUGUCUUUGUGUGUAGAUCGUAGAACACCGGUGCAUCAUCAUUAUUGGUCCCCGACAGAUCACUCCUGUAUUUUUUUUUUGUUUGCCUUCUUUUAUUUUUGCAGUUAGUAACUUUCCUUUUUUUUCCAUUGCUACUUUUUUUUUUGCAUCGUUAACUUCCGUUGUGGAUUUUUUUUUUUUUUUAUCUGCACCAUUUUUUUUUUAUUUGCAGUCGGCUUCAGUUUCUUUUUUUGCAUCAUGAACUUCCGUUGUGACUUCUUCUUUUUAUUUGCAGCAGUGGCAGUUCUCAGCCUCCGUACAAUAAUGUUCUUUUACGUUCUGUUCGAUGUACAGAGCUGACAGCCUGCGCGCGGCUUGGGUGUAUGAUGACGUUUCCAGCCAAUCAGAGGCGGAGGAGGCGGGACCUUCCCUUACCAUCCUAUGAAGAAAAACUAUGGCGACACAGUGGCGCCUUAAUUGGCGGCGUCCAUGGAGGUGUUAGCAGCUGCUGAGGGCGGAGCUUGUGUGGAGGUUAGUGUCUCUGAAAAUGUUGAGGAGAGAAUCUGAGAAACUGUCAGUCUGCAGGUCUGAGGUGUCACAGGGUAUACACACACACACACACACACACACACACACACACACACACACACACACACACACACACACACGUAUAUAUAUGAUACAUGCCCCCCCCCCUCUCUCUCUGAUUGGUCGUUCUGGAGGAUGACUCUGGUAGCGGGCGUCGUCGAUUCUGACACAGUUGUACAAACAUGGCGUCUGUUUUUUUCCCGGAUGGAUGUGGCGAGCUCUGUCAGGACGUCCGUUAUAACUCACCGACUGAAGUUCUUCCAUGUAAUCAAGGUUACGGCACAUCGGCUUUAUCUGCGGCGAAGAAGAGCUCCUUUCAGCCGUAAAUUUCUUCUUCUGAUGGUCGGGCUGACGUGACGCCGUCCAGAAGGCUCUUAUUGUAAUGAAUCCAUUUUUCAUAAUCCUGCCGAUGGUCGAAUAACGGGCUGAGACCUGAUUGAUUAGAGCUCACACAACAUCCAUAAAGGACACAAAUCACACUAAAAGCUCCGUGUAAACAGGACCGAGCGAAAGGCCAAGGUUCCUGUCUCUGUGUUUGGUCCGUCUACGGCGGCGAACUUCAGGUUUCUGUAAACCAAUCAGCUGAGACGCCGUGGUCUGGUUCAGACAGUCCCUGUUUAAAGGGUUUCUCAGAUCCAGCACCUGUCUGUCUCUCAGCUGUUAGACGGUUUCUUCUGUUCCCCUGAAGGCCUGAACUGUGUGUGUGUGUGUGUGUGUGUGUGUGUGUGCAUGCGUGUGUGUGUGUGUGCGUGUGUGUUAGGAGUAAUAAUAAUGAAAAUAAUUAUGAUACUACCACUACUACUAAUAAUAAUAAUAGUA